GCGAGACUCCAGCGCCACCUGUCGGUGAAAUGGAGGCGGGCUUCUUUAUUGUACCGAGUUUCUUCUGUUUGUUUCCAGAUUAAUCGGCCAUCCGUCAUGGCGAUGCAUGCGAAGGCGACUCCGCCGCAGAUCCCGGACACUCGCCGGGAGCUCGCUGAGCUCGUAAAGAGGAAACAAGAACUCGCCGAGACAUUGGUGAACUUGGAAAGACAAAUAUAUGCAUUUGAAGGCAGCUAUCUAGAAGACACCCAGAUGUAUGGCAACAUCAUCAGAGGAUGGGACAGAUACCUCACCAACCAAAAGAACUCCAAUAGUAAGACUGAUAGACGGAAUAGGAAAUUCAAAGAAGCCGAGCGUUUAUUCAGCAAGUCAUCUGUUACAUCGGUUGCAGCCGUGUGUGCACUCGGUGGUAUACCAGAUCACAUGAAUGAAAAGCGUGAGGCAGGCAGCGGCACAGAAAGCGAUACCUCUCCAGAUCUCCAGAACCAAGAAAACGAGCCCAGCCAGGAGGACACGGAGGAUGUGGACUCAACGCUGCAGGACCUGAAGCCUCAGAAGGCUGCCUCCUCCUCCUCCUCAGGCAGCCACCACGGGAGCCACAAGAAGAGGAAGAACAAAAACAGACACAGUCCUUCUGCCAUGUUUGAUUAUGACUUUGAGUUUGACAUGAAGGUUAACAAGAAACCCAGAGCUGAUUACUCGACUUAAAACACCUGGAGGACCUGGACACAUGAGGAUACAUGAGAUUUCUGGACUUUUUUUUUUUUUUUU